AUUUCCAGCAGCAUCCUGCAGCUCCCUAGUUUAAUAAACAGAAAGACCUUAAAGCAGGGAAAGAUGAAGUGGUGUGUCCUGCUCUGUGCUUUCUUCAUCUGUUUUGUCUCCAAAUAUCUCAGUGAGGCUCGAGUUAUUCCUGAAGAAGUCCCCUACGACGAGCCCCCGGCCAGACCCUACUGGCCGUACUCCACCUCUGAUUUCUGGAACUACGUCGAGUACUUUCGUAGCAUCGGAGAAUACAACCACAUCAAUGAGAUGGCCAGGGCGUUUUUUGCUCACCAGAAUCUUGGUGACACUUUGGGAUAUGAAGUGGCUGAACAACAUGAACGUUAAACAGGCAAUCAGACUUCUCUCUGCAUGAAGACUUAGGAAAUAAUGACAUAUAUAAAUAGCCUC